AUGGCGCCUAUGUCGACGUCACCCACGACGAUCGUCAUCAGUAUUUUUUUAGCAACAAUACUAUUCAUGGAUUCAUUUCAAGUGUGCGCAUAUCGAGCGUACCAUCCUGCUAGGAAACGUGGUAAUGGAACUCUGACACCUGUUGAUAAGCAGACCUAUGUUUUAUUCAAAAUUCUGGAUGAGAUGCCGGAUAAUGAGCUGUUCCGGGCGAAAUCAUGCGGUCUGAUGGAGCAGGAUGUGCCAGACUUCAAAGCGCCCGACCGGCGGAUAAGCCAAGUUAAAUGUUUGGAACAGUUGUGGAAGAUGCGGUUCUAUGACCAGCUCCUGUUGAAAAAGGUGCGAUGUAAAGCGGAUUUAGACGGUGCUUACGUUUCAUUCGCUAUUUACAAAGGAGAUGAAGUGCAUACAGCAAAAUUUCCACAUGCGGGUGCCAUAGGAUGGAAGACCGUGAGUGGCGCAUGGAUAUUUUUGUGUGGCAGCGCCUUAAUUAGCAACAGAUUCAUGCUUACUGCAGCCCACUGUUCUAGAUCAUCAAUACACGAUGACAGAGUCGCCGAUCCAUCACCGAAAAUAGUGAGACUGGGUGAAUUUAAUAUCUUGGACUCGAUCGAAAGUGGGAAGAAACCCAUGGACUUUUAUAUAAAGAAUUUUAUAGUACACGACAAUUACCGCUAUCCAUAUAAAUACAACGAUGUUGCGGUCAUUGAGUUAGAAAAUUCAGUCCCGUUUACAUUGUACAGUAGCGCAUCCUGCAUAUGGCCGUAUGAUGAUAAAAAAUUAUUCGGGGAGGCCUAUGAAACUGGAUGGGGAAUUGUUGAAUCAGAUGAAACCGACUCCAAGCCAUUUUACAAAGUUGCUAAAGUAAAUUUGAUAGAGCAACAAACAUGCAGUGACAUAUUAAAAGAAAGACUUAACACAUCACAGGAAGUUCUAAGCUCGCAUAAAAUUUGUGCUAACUACGCUUCUAACGACACUUAUCGGGGGGAUUCUGGGGGCCCACUGGUGAUGCCUAUUCUCAACCCUGGCUUUUCGGACUUUACAAUUCACUACAUUAUUGGAAUUGAAACUGCAACUUCUAACUCUUUCGAUAUUCCAAAUAUAUACACAAAGGCAUCAAGUUUCGUUGACUGGAUAGAGGAUAUAGUUUGGAAAACAGAAGUUCCUGUAAAAGAAUUGUUGUCAGAGAGAAACUUUGCAAAUAUUUAUGGAAAUUUA